AUGGCAAUGCUAUGGUCGCAGGAGCAGAACCCUCUGUCACUGCCCGUUCCGGCUUCUCUGCCCUUCCGUAGUGCUUGUCCUGUGUGGCUGCUUGGUGAUUUUUAUGGCAGUCCCAACGGAUCAUUCGCUGGACUUCAGUGGGGUCCCUUUGAGCCACUGGAUUCAGUCAAGCUCAAGUUCCUGUCUCUUAAGACAGCCCUCCUGAUCACGCUCACUUCCAUCAACAGGUUUGGCCUUGUGUUCGGAUACGUGCCCAUUGUUCCCACCACUCCCUUUCCGAGACCAGGUGCACUGCAAGCACUGCCCCUGGAGGAGGCAGAUCCAGCCUUGACGUUGCUGUGUUCCAGGUACGUCCACACCUUGUACCUGGGAGUGCAAAGCCGUUGGCAUGGCGACCCGGGUCAGCGUCAUUUCUACUGGCGUCUGAUGUUCGAGAGCGCUGACAUCAACAUGCUGCGGCUGCUGGAGGCUUUCCUGAAGAGCGCGCCUCAGCUCGUGCUGCAGCUCAGCAUCAUGAUCCACAGCAACCACAUACUGCCCUUACAGGGUCUCUCUGCAUCUGCAUCAUUGGUUUCUCUCGCCUGGAUGAUUGCAUCCUACCAGAAGGUUCUGCGUGACUCUCGUGAUGACAAGCUCCCCAUGUCCUACAAGGCCGUGAUUGUUCAGAUGCUCUGGCACCUCUUCACCAUCGGUGCUCGAACCAUCGCCUUCGCCCUUUUCGCUUCAGUCUUCCAGCUUUACUUCGGGAUCUUCAUCGUGGCCCACUGGUGUGCCAUGACCUUCUGGAUCAUCCAGGGUGAGACCGACUUCUGCAUGUCUAAGUGGGAGGAGAUCAUCUACAACAUGGUGGUGGGCAUCAUCUACAUCUUUUGCUGGUUCAACGUCAAGGAAGGCCGUGCUCGCUUUCGGCUGGGUGUGUACUACGGCGUGACCUUGGUUGAGAACAUUGCACUCACCGCCGCUUGGUAUAUUCACAGGGGACCCCACACCUCGGACUUCUACGCCCUGAUUAUUGUGUGUGUGGUGGUGUGUAGCUAUGCUUUGGGAACAUUCUUUAUGUUUGUCUAUUAUUGUCUGCUCCACCCAGACGGACCUAUCCUGGGAGCUCAGUGGAGCUGUGUGGAGGAGGGAAUGGGGGUAAUCAGUCUUGGAGGCAUUGAGGAUUUGGGAACCCCCUUGCCCCAACCAGACGUGGUUACUAGCCCUCCCAGAACACUCCAAAGGACUACUGCUGGGGAAAUAGGGGUCGGGGAUAGAGACAGUUGCCUGCCUGUGUUUCAGGUAAGGCCUCCUAGUGUUCCCCCUGCUUCCUCCCCACGUCCCCCAAGAACUGAAGGUCCCGUAAUCCGCAUUGACCUGCCAAGAAAAAGCUACCCAGCCUGGGAUGCUCACUUUAUUGACCGAAGGCUAAGGAAAACCAUCCUGGUGCUGGAGAAUACAUCUCCCAUGACUCCUCGGAUCCAGUACCAGAGCUUCAGCAACCCCAAAGAAGUCACAGAGUAUGAGACUACGGUGUAGUGUUGUUCAUACCUCCACCUUCCACAUGACAUCUCCAUGCAGGGGUGGAAUUCAGUUGCCAUGAGGUUGUGGUCCGAUCCUUGAUGGUCGGCAUGGUGCUACACGGUGGGACCAUAGCAUGUUUGGCAUUCAGAUGCCUGGGAGCGCAUGACUGGUCCGAAAGUGCAUAUCCGGCUGGACUGGAGUAACAUGGUGUUUACAAGACCUGCAUGGAACGUGAAACUAGGAAAGGGGCUUACCUUUCUGCCUAUGCACUGAGCAUACAAAAAAGAGCUUAAAUGACAGUGAUGAGAAGAAGUGGACAUUUGUAUUAUAUAGAUGAACUGACCAAUCAGUAUUCCUCAGGACCAGCCUGACUGCUGUAUUGGUCAAAGUUUAAUGUUCAGUGACCUGAAAACAGUACAAGUUGUAUAUUAUUUGCUUCUGUGAAUGGUGAGGUUAGCAAGUCCAAUCAUUCAUUUCCUCAGAGUUCUUCUGUAGUUAUGGAAUUAUUUAUUUAUUCGAUUAAUUUUUUAUGACUCUGUGGCCAUGUCUUUGAUAUGAUUCUGAAUAACUGAAUAUACAUAAAUAGAUAUUAUCUUUUGUUAUAUGUAUACAAUAGAAUGGUGCCAGUGUGUCGGUAUGAAUGUUUUUUUGGGGGUUGUCUGGUCAUGCUGCAUUGUUUAUCUGUAAAGUUGAAGAAAAAAAAUGCCAUAUAGUAAGACAAAAAGCUGUGAUCAAAUGUAGUUGGAUUAAAAUAAUACUGUAAAAAAGAUACAGAUGACAGCCUCGGAAAAGUAAAAACAAAAAUUAAUAUGCGUGUUUGAGUGUUUCAUGAAAAUGGUUUUGGGAGCAUCUGGGAACAUAAAACUUGCAAAUGUCUGAGUGUUUGUGUUGCAUUUCACACAGAGAAAAUGAUUGACAGUGAAUUCUAAUCCUGUAUGUGAACUCUCUUUACAGUA